CAAAUUGGGAGUUAGAGCAUGCACAAUGGUUGCAUUUUUGGAACCAUAUUGACCAAUAUGUAUGUAAUGCACCAAUCCUUCAUGGAUCACUUCAGUAUGAUGAUCCCUACCUUAUUUGGUUUAGACGUAUUACUCGUUUUAUCAUUGGUAAUCCUAUUUCGAGUCCUCAACAACAACAAGGUUAUGUGCCUAAUGCGACGACAUACGAAACAAUGGCACGUCAUAUUCAUUUGAUGGUUAAUAAAGCAAUAUCACUCGGUGAUAAUCCAUCAAUGGAGGAAUUUUACGGAUUUCGUGCAAUGGUGCGGGAUGAAGGAUCUAAUUGUUUGGCAUAUGUGCAAGAGGCAGAUAGGAUUCAUGUGCAAGCUAACUAUAGAAGAGAUGAGCAAAUGUCUGACCAUUUGCAUCCCCCUAUUCGUCGGCGAGGAAAAGGUGGUGUUGCGGGUGGGAAGGUACGUGCUGUUGAGAGAGGUCGAGCGCCUAUUGAAAUGGGUGAAGAUGAUCAAGCCACACAAGAUUUCCAAGCAGCCUCGGAUUAUGAACCAACAAACACUGAGAUUAUGCCAUACAUGACACCACAGACUUCACAAAUUUCAAGGGAUCCAAGUCUUACAUCACUUGAAAAUGUAUUUGGUAGUAAUCAACCUCAACAUUUUGACAACGCCCCAAACUUUUCCUCAUCGCAUGUAGAAGGUAAUGAGUUGAAUGAUUCUAACAAUGAAGUGGAUGGUGAUGAGUUGGAGGAUGCAAAUCAAGGUGCAAGCCAAGGUGGUGAACCAUCGGUGAAGAAUAAGCGUAAAAAUUUUCCUAAGCUUUGUGGGACUGGGAGUCAUCAUCUUAAUCAGCACGGCCAAAAGAAAAAAACAAAAGAUAACAAAGUUUCUGUGUUAACAAAGAAAAAAGGCAAAGGAUGAAUCAUGUGGUUCCAA